AUGACUAACGAUACAACUAUUGAUCCACUUGAUUUUGCUUCAUCACUUGAUGAACGUCUCGUUGAAAAUGGUCAACAAGAAGGUCGUCAAUAUGGUUAUCAACGUGGUUUUCGACAAGGUUUCAAUCGUGGUCUUGAUUAUGCGAUUGAAAAUCAUCGAGAAAUUGCAAUUAUCGCUGCUUAUUGUGAACAUUUACAACAAUCACUUAACUCAACAAAUGAUUCUAAUCCUAGACAAAAACGUCUUUUAAAUGGUAUUCUUGAAUCAUGUCGUGAAUUUCGAAGUCUUGUACCAAGUACACCACGAUAUGCUGAAUUACUUGCAUCUAUACGAGCUCGACAUCAACAUUUAACUGGAUCAAAUAAUCAUACAACUGAAAAAACAACUUUAGCUUUUUAG